AUGGAAAAUCUACAAAUUAGAUCACAUAUAAUAACUAAAUACUCUUUUGAAGCUCAGAUUAGGUCACAUUGGGGAAACCCCUUUUACAUACUACACAAUGAUGGAAAACCAAUAUGUUUCUUUUUAGAUGAAAUUACAUGGAAAUAUGCAAAAAGAAACAACAAGUCUAUUGGUAUUUGGCUUGGACUAGGAGACCUACAUGAGACAAAUAUGCAACCUUUUUGCUCAGUAAUUAUAUACUCCUCUGGUAAAAUCUUGGAUUCUCUUAAACCGAAUACAUUUGGAUUGAAGAAAAUUCUUCGUUUAAUUCCUUCUAAAAUAAUGAUUGAUAAUCUCUUCUUAGGUGAAAAAUCGAAUUAUGGUAGUUUCUUGAAUUUUGAAGAAACUUUGUAUCUUGUAGAGCGAGGUGCAAUGUUACUUUUUUCUUGGGAUCUUGAUAACAAAAUGUGGUUGCAAACUCCAAUAAUGUAUCUUUAUAGUUUAUUUACAAAGUGCAACUUAGGUUCCAAUUUGAUAUCACUGUCAUCAUAUACAACCUUUUGUAAAUUAGCUAAUGCAGGAUACUAUAUUAGGAGUGGACCUAAACAGAAUACACUGCCCAUAAUCAACUUCAGAGAAAUUGAUCUUUGGAAAGGGCCUGAAAGUUAUGUACUUUAUGAUUCUAAUUUCGGAGAUCCUAAACUUUUACCACUCAUUUCACACGAACUUCCCAAUAACUACCCAUAUACUAUCAUUUCUUCAAAUACUACUAAUGAAGUUAUUGAACCUGAUUCGACCAACAAUUUUAGCUUAAAUAAGCUAUGUCAUUUCAAUAAGUUACAUAAAGGUCCUAGAAAUCUUUCUAAACAGACAAUAAAGUGUGUUUACACAGUCAGCGCAUCUGAUGCUUGUAUAGUUCAUCACUUAGCUGAUCAAGAUCAUUUAAAUAGUACUGUCAUAAGUGUUUGCGUGGGCAACAAUGCCAUAUUUCUAUCCCUAAGUAAAUAUUCUAGAUAA